AUGGCACCAGUAACUGCAGCUAGUCAUUCUGCGGAAUCAAACGGAAUCAUAAGCACGGUUCUCAAAAAAAAAGAAAAGAAAGAAAGGACUUCUUCAUACGUGUCGAAAAAUUAUAAAAAAGAAUCGAAAAGAUUAAAAACAUUUACUCAUUGGCCGGUGAGUUUUAUUAAUCCGAAGGACCUGGCCAAAAAUGGAUUUUAUUUUACAAACGUUGAUGAUGUAGUGAAAUGUGCUUUUUGUAAAACUCAAAUCGGGUUUUGGGAAGAAGGAGACGAUCCAAAUAAGGAUCAUUUGAAAUUGUCACCCAUGUGUCCGUUUUUAAGAAAUGAACCCUGUGGUAACGUACCUUUAUCGGAAGAAGGGAACGAUAGGAGAAGUCGUGGAAAUAGUAACGACGAAAAUGGCGACGACGACGACGAUGACGAUGACGAUGAAGACGAAGACGAAGAACCAGAAUCCCAAGAUGUCUGCGGUACCGUCGUAAUAAGGCCUUUCUCCGAACCCGAAAGAUCUCACAGAAGUGCUUUUUCCAUCGACUCGACAAAUUUGUGGAAGGAUUUCGAAGAAUUGGGUGUCACGAAAAUCUACGAACCCGUCGCUCCCAACUACGCAACCUACGCAUCCAGAAUCAAAACAUUUGAUAAAUGGGAAGCUCACAACAUUCAAAAACCGGAAAAAUUAGCCGAAGCCGGGUUUUAUUACAUCGGACACGAGGACAACGUUAUUUGUUUUCACUGCGGCGGUGGUUUAAAAGAUUGGGAAAAGGAUGAGGAUCCGUGGGUGGAACACGCGAGAUGGUUCAGCAAAUGCAGAUUCGUUUUCCUACAAAAAGGAAGGGAUUUCAUUAACGAAGUCACUGCAAGAGAAAUCAUUAACAGAUCGAAGAAACACGAUUCCGCCGUUAAAAAGACAAAUGAAUCAUCAUCAUCAUCAUCAUCAUCAACAGAGCAAUCGCAGUCGGAAACGUCGUCGAGCGAUGAUGAAAAAGUUUUAGAUGGUGGAAAAUCGAAAUCGAUGGUUCCAAAAGUGGAAACAAAAGUGUUGCCAUCGGAUGGAAAGGAAAUACAAUUGUGCAUAGUUUGCUACUCUCGCGAAAGAGGAAUUGUUUUUUUGCCUUGCGGACAUUUUGUUUGUUGUCCACAGUGCACGUCGUCACUCACGAAAUGCGCCGUUUGCAGAGAACCAUUUAAAGCAACGGUUCGAGCUUAUUUUUGCUAA